AUGCCUACUUAUAACAAUAUCCGUAUUUUACAUGCUACGACUCCUAAAGACUUUGAAAAGUGCCUUGAAGUACGACAAGAAGUAUUUAUAAAUGAACAAAAACACUCUGUUGCCAUAGAGAGAGAUGGAUUAGAUGAUAUCUGUCAGCAUUGGGUUGCUGUUUGUGAUAAAGUCAAUGAGGAUGGAACCAUUGAUGCUGAUUAUCCUAUUGGAAAUGUUCGAUUAAUGCCAAAACCCGAUGGAGUUGCCAAGCUGGGCCGUCUCGGUGUUCUUUCCUCUGCUCGAGGUCUUUAUGUUGGACAAAUGUUGGUGAAGGCUUUUAUUGAAUAUUGUAAAAAAAAUGAAUAUACAACGAUUGUACUACAUGCACAAAAUGAUAAGCGUGGAUUUUAUGAAAGGGCUGGAUUUAAAGUAGAAGAAGGUGAUGAUGAAAUCUUUAUGGAAUCACAUACGCCGCAUGUUCGUAUGUGGAUGAGAAACUUGUAG